UUAGGUUUGAAAGGCACACGAGACACUAAGUUUUUUGAUUUUAUCUCUAUCUAUACUUAUCUAUAGAAAUAAGUGUCCACAACCCUAUGCAUACCCUAUGCACAUUUAUGCAGUAAUGGAAUUUGCAGCCGCUGCUACCCAUUCAUAACCGCAAUGUCGAUUUAUUAUAGUGGUACGUUUACAAGAUCUUCGGGUGUAUCUAGUGCCAUAACAAAGCAGUUAAAAGUGCUUAGUCUUAAGCCUGUUAAAAGAAUACAAGUUCAGUUUGAUCCUUUUCAUCCAAAAGCCACAACAGCAAGGGAUUUAGCGUUUUCUUUAACUUCUUCAAAAGUCACAAACACAAAUUUGAACUGUAUAAUUAAAACAAACAUCGUCUGCGAUAGGAGCGAGCCCUUUAUAAAGGUAGACCUCUUGGAAAAUAAUAGAAGCAUAAGGUUUUUAGCUGGUAAUCUAACAGUGUUAGAGAUUUUACAGUUGUUUAAUAAGCAUAUAAGUGCUAAAGUAGAAGCAGAACCAGAAACUCCUUCACUGAUAACGAAAGUAGAGAAGAAGAAAGCCAAGAAGAAAUAAAAGAUGGCUCAGAGGAAA